UUACGUUUUAAAACUAUUCGUAAAUAUCGGUAUCCCCGCCCACAAAGCCGGGCUGUGCUGGUAGCGAUCCUCGAGACUUCGCUUUCGUGCACCGGUGUUGUGAUAAUUAUUAUUUAUUUUAUAAACAAUUUCUUGUGUACCGUAUAAAAUAUGACCCAAAUUAUCCGCAAUAUUGCAUCCAGAUCCUAUCUGAAUGCGGUCUUAAAGCGCUCGUAUUGUACUCCGGUUGUUAAUAUAUUCGACAGGAAUGUAAAACGAAUCCAGCGUGAACGUGCGGCUAGAAGUGAGGAUGUUGAGUUGUACGACUACAUUAAAGAGGAAGUGGGCUACAGGAUAUCGGAUCGCAUUUUCGAUGUGAAACGCGUAUUCACAAACGCUGUAGACUUAGGAGCAGCCCGAGGGUACGUCACGAAUCACGUGCUUGGAGAAACGGUUCAAAAGCUUACCGCUGUGGACCUAAGCCCAUCAAUGCUAUCUAAUGUGAAAGGAACGCCCGGAUUGGAUUUCAGCGUACGUGAGAUGGACGAAGAAAAGUUCGAUUUCGAACCAGCGAGCUUAGAUUUGGUUGUUUCGAGUUUGAGUCUGCACUGGGUCAACGAUUUACCGGCUUGUUUUAGAGCCGUGAAUAAAGCAUUGAAACCAGACGGAGUUUUUAUUGGUGCAAUGUUUGGCGGAGAAACUUUGUACGAGCUGAGAUCGUCGUUACAGCUAGCCGAACAAGAACGAAGAGGUGGCCUGUCUCCGCACUUGUCCCCCUUCACCCAGAUUCGAGACGUUGGGAUGCUUCUGAAUCGGGCCAAUUUCACAAUGCUGACGAUCGACACCGACGAAGUUGUGGUGGGAUUUCCUUCCAUGUUUGAACUAAUGUGGGAUUUGAAAGGAAUGGCCGAAAGUAAUGCAGCAUUCAGCAGACCUUUGCAUAUUAGUCGCGAGACUUUAAUGGCAGCGGCCGCCAUUUAUAAAGACAUGUAUGGGAAAGACGAUGGAGUGACCGCCACUUUCCAAAUAAUAUAUUUUGUCGGAUGGAAGCCUUGCCCAAGUCAGCCAAAACCACUACCCCGAGGAUCCGCAGAUGUAUCUCUUAAAGACUUGGGGAAGUUGAUGGAUCCGAAAAACAUUGGCGAUAAGAAAUAAUUGUUUCCUGCUGAUAUAAUGUUUUGCUUCCUAGUUUCUCCUUGUAGGUAAAUGAAUAAACGUUCAAAAUAAUAACGUUUAAAAAAAAAAUAAAAAAUAAAAAAAAAUAAACGUUUAAAGUUCAGAAUAA